UUUUUGUUGAAAACGAAAGUACAUACCACCCGAAUCGUUUCUGUGUCUGGAAGUCAUUUUCAUAAACAGAGUAUAUCUUGCUGUAAAAAUAAGUUUUUAUGAUGGCAUCACUCAGUGAAGAUACCUAUGAGGGUUCAAGAGGGAAGACAGAAGAUUCAGACAGUGAUAUAGAUAUAGGUAGCCUCCUAGGGAUAGAUUCUACAAAGAGAAAAGGCUGGGAUAACAAACAGAAGCUGAUUAAGAUUUGUCAAAAAGAGGUCGGUACCAUAUCGAGUGGAAAAAGACCAUUGAAUAUUGCAAUCAUUGGUUCACAUGGAUGUGGAAAAUCUUCUCUUCUUAAUACUAUAUAUGCCAGCUUUAAUGAUGAAAAAUGGAAAGAAAUAGCUGAGAGUGGAAGCUUUGGUGGAUUGGGUAAACAGGUUUCACAAGAAUUGAUCAGUUAUAAAAAAAAGAAAUACUACGUCAGGAAGGGAGAAAACGAGGAGGAUGAUGAUUUAGAUGAUGUCUUAAUGCCAACAUUUAUUGAUAUGAAAGGCUUUGAAGACCAGAAUGAUGAGUUUACCAAAGAGAUAUUGAAAAUUGUCUUCUUUGGAAAAAUGGAGGAAGGUGAAAAAUUAUCAAAUGUUUUACAACACUACAAAGACUAUGGCUUAUAUGGUUUAAAAGAGAAAUAUGGUCAGCGAGAGGAAUAUUUAGUGGUAGAUCGAAUUAUAUUUGUGUGUUCUGGAGACCCUGAUACUCCCCUUCCAACCCAGUUAAUGGCAUGUGUGACUGAGAUUGCUCAUGGUGUAAGAGGUAUUCCAAUAUUUGGUGUUAUGACAAAAGCUGACAAGUUUAAUGGAAGAACCAAUACAAAAGUGGAGAAGAGAGAGACUGAAUUCAGAAAACAUCUUGGAAUACCGAAAAAUCGCUUCGCUAGGUUGAAGAAUUAUUGUGAAGAUAUCGAUAAGAAAAUGGAUUAUAUGUUUUCAGUCGUACCCCAGAUUGAUGUUCAUGCUCUUAAACUGAUGACACAGGUUUUCAGUAAUGCAUUGGAAGUUACAAACUCUGAAGCCCGUCCAGGUUAUUUCUCUCCACAAACAGAUAUACCAGGUGAAUCUAAAGAAGGGGCAAAGCCAGUUCCACCACAAAGACAACCAGGUCCUAGACAAGUCCCUGGAAUAGGAGGUCAACCACCAGCAUCAUCAGGACUUGGCUUUGCAAGCUUAUUGCUUCUGAUCACUAUCCAGGUGCUUUUUAUGGCCAUACUACUGCAUUUUUGCAUGAAGCCUGUUAUAUCAGAGGAAAAACUCAACAAGAUCUGUGCAAAUUACGACUUCAUUAAGUCAAAACAUGAUGCUACCAUUGAUGGCCUCAACGAGUUAUGUGAAAAUAAAGUGGACAUUUUGAAACCUCCAAUUUAUCUAUUGGGUGGGGGGAUAGUGUUUGUUAUAGUUGUUCUUCCGAUCGUGCUUUAUUCUUUCAUAGCUAAAAAAUAGAAAUAAGUGAACUUUUAUUAUACCUUCACAAUGACGAUCUUUCCAGGAUUUUAUAAAUAGCUUACAAUAUGUUUUAAAGGGUUGAUGAAAGGGAAAAUCUUAACACUUGAAUUUUUAACAGCUGUUGAAAAAAAAUUGGAAUUUAUUUUGAACUAUUAAUCUCAAUUCCAAUAACAAAAAACAUGAAUCAUCUAUUAAUGCAUAGUAUAGUAAGUAUACUUCAAAUUCAGAUUUGUGGGUGCACUGUUUUUUGGGAUUGUUGAGCAAUGAUCAAAACUAUUGAGCUUACUUAUUUGUAAUUACAGGAAACGUUGUUGAGAUAAAAAAAUUUGGAAACAUAAUCAUUUAAAUUAUUAAUAAUUUAAAAACAAUUAUUAGUUAAUUUACAAUAGUUAAUGAAAUGUCUUUAUAUUUUUUAUGGUGUGUUGAAUUAUGGCAAAUAUAUGGCAAAAGAAAAUUCCGAUCUUUUAAAAAGUUUAGCCAAAAUAUUCUUGAUCAUUUGUUAAACCUAUCAUUUGGUUUAAAAAAAAAGUAAGUUACUAUGGAAGCACUAAUCAACACCAAUAUCUAUAUGCCUCAACAUAUUAUGUCUUUAAAAAAUAUAGUUUUUAGCUCAAAUGUUUGUGAUGACCAUUUGACUACAAAUAAAGAUGACAAAAUCUGUAAAAACAAUGUUCUGCAAUAUGCAUUAUAGAACAUGUAUAAUAUAAUCAUUAUUUAUUGGAUGUAUUUGAAAGAGUUCUUGAAAAUAAGUGUUCAACCCCUGUAAAUGCAUAAAUGGGAAGAACUCAAGUUUAAAAUAAUCAUAAUUGGACAUUAAAAAAUUCCAAUAACUUAUGAUUUGCAAUUUGUUUCUAAAUUUCUUAGCAAUCACAUAAAACAAUUUUUAUUUUUGAAUUGUAUUAAAAGCUUUUUUUUCAUUAUAUUAUUGGAUUAUUGGGUUGUAAAAGCAUUGAAGCACAUUUUGUUUGCAGUGCCUCACUAAAGUUAGCACAUGAUCAAUGCUUUUGAAUUAUCCUAAAAUGAAAUUGAAAAAUGAUUCUUAUAAUCACUUUAAUUCUUUAACAAUUUUAAAUAACUAGUAUUGUCAAGUUUUUUUGGUUUUUUUCCAAUGCAUUGUUGUGAUUUUGUUGUGGGAAGCACAUGUAUUUAUGAAUGUUGCAUUUUUCUUGAGAAAUCGAAUAUAUAUGUGUCAAAAAAACAAAUUCCUAUGAAACAUACAUGUUAUGUAAUUAUUACAAAAUGGAAUGAUGAUAUGACAUGAUAUGAUGUUUAUUUACUAUUUUGAUUGAUUAUUGAACUGAUUAUUAAAAAUAACCAUCAAGAACUAGCACAAUAGUGUUAGAAGUUGUAUUAAACAGCAACCAAUCAAUCAAGGUGUUGAUAAACAAGACAAAAUCAAAAGGUUAAUAUGUUUUUUCAAUAUAGGAUAAAGUGAAAACGUGAUACUAAUUUCUUAUUUUUUUUAUAUCUAUAUUUAUGAUAGCAUAUGUAUUAUACAAUUUUUAUAUGUUGAAGGAUUCCAUUUAAAACUUGAGCUCUUAUAGCCUAGAGUUUUCUCCCAGUACAGUGCAGUUAACUUAUAUAAAUGCAGUGGAGUUAUCAAAUUGUCAUUAGUUAUAAAAUAAUUCAGGGCUCACCACACUAGUCGAAAUGUGUGACUAUGUCUCCCUAGAUUUACUCAUUUUGCUCUAGAGAAGCUCCAGGGAGAAAUUGAUGUUGCCCUAAAUUUCAGAAAAAAAUCCCUAACUUCAUUAGCUAAAUAUUUCAGCUAUACUUUUAACAUUUAACAAUGAAUGGACUUCUCUUAUUAAUGCAUUAAUAUUUAAAACUAAAUACCUGUAUGAAGGAUAAUUGGAAGUUUUUUAGCAGUACCUGUAUAUAAUUAAUCUCCUUUCACAAAUUAAAUGUUUCUCUUGGUUCUCCUUAAAAAGAUGAAUAGAAAGCAAGUUUGAAAUGCUUUACUUUAAAAGUACAGGUAAAAAGUUAGGUCCAAGUUUACAUACUGCAAUUUAAAUACAUAAUUAUUACACUUUUUGCUCAGUGAUCAUGUUUCUUUAGCAUUUUUUUAUGUUGGCAUCAGAAUUAAGGUUGGAAUGUUAUUCUUAUCGUUUUACUAAGCUCAUCAGUCUUUUGUUCUGUCAUGUAUUUUGUAAAUAUAAUAUAGCCAUUCUUUAUUAUUUUUAAGCAGAAUUUAAUAACCAGUUCCUCAUUGUAAAUACCUUUGUUUUUUCAAUGAUUUUCAAAUAGAAUUUGCUGUUUCUCUGUUUGUGUAAAUGCAUUUGAAGAAGUAAAAGAGGGAUUGCUAUUCAGCACAGAUACAGAAUAAAAUGUCUGGGUGCAGAAACAUUGUAUUCCUGUGGAUUCAGUUACCGUUUGAAUUAAAUUAUUUAAAGCUGGCUCACGUGUCAAUUAAAUCAAAAGCAGGAUAAAUAAUCUUAUCAAAUGAAUAUAUUUUCUCCCUGAAUAUGCACAUAAUUUGCAACUGGACAUUAAUCUGACAGUUAUUUAUUCAUUCAGCAAGUUUGAAUUUGUCAUAAUCUGAAUUAAUCAUUUUAGUAAGUGAAUUUUUGUAGUUUACUUUACAUAACAAAAUAUAUAUAUUGCAUAUUUUAUCUUAUAUAGUUAUGUCUGUUUAGGUUGUAUACAAGAUUUAUAUUCAAAAUUAAAAAGAAAUCUCUCACUGUUUGGAAAGAAAAAAACAUUCAAUGGUGUCACCUACUUUCUUGUGAAAAGUAGUUGUUAUGAGUCUUCUUAUCAUUGCUUUUUUGUGUGUUAAUAACACAGAACCUCAUAACAUGUUAACUAACUAUUUAUAUAGAAGAUCCCUUAUUGUUUGUAAAUUCUGUAAAGUAUAUGGGGUUUUGUGCAAAUUGCAAAUCCCUAAUUAUGCUAAUGAUACUUGUGUACAAAUGUGUAAAAACAUUAUUUAUUCAAUAAAGUAACAUCUCAGAGUUGGUAUGGUCGCAUUUAAAUAUAUUGAUACAACAGAAGAAGAUUUCUCACCUUUUUUUUGCUUUUACUGUUUUUUUUAUGAAGUAUUUUGUGUUGUUAUACCCCACCUACAAUAGAAAAGGGGCAUUAUGUUUUCUGGUCUAUGGGUCUGUUCGUCCGUACAUUCAUCCCUUCGUCCGUUCGUCCCACUUCAGGUUAAAGUAUUUUUCCUAAUUUCACGGUCCACUGAACAUAGAAAAUGAUAAUGCGAGUAGGGCAUCCUUGUACUAUGGACACAUUCGCAUUUACUAUAAUUCAAAGAAUAAUAUGUUCAUUAUAAUAAGUCAAAUAUUGUGAUAUGAAUUUACUUAUGUAAUUAAUUAAAAGAUAAGAUGCAUGUGCCUUAAAGAUAAGGAAAAUGUUGUUGUAUAUGCUUGUCAGUAAUCAAAAUGCUAGGGCUCAGAAUGUAUAAAGCUCAUUAUUUGCCCCCUCAAAUAUCAAAAUUAGUUAAGCUCUGAAUUUCAGGCAAAUUUAUAAUUGCUUUAUUGCAUGUUAAAGAAGAUGAUACAAUGUGUACCAAUAUCUACAUAAUUGAUCAUAAUUGACACUACAAUUUUAUAGACAUGUCAACAUACUCAGAUUUAGUCAAAAAUAGGAACUACAGUGUAUACAAAAAAAGAUGUGUGGUUUUGCCAAGAUAAUUGAGUUGAGUAAUGGUAUUAAAAAAAACAUAAGUCCAUUUGGUGGUUUUUUUUUUAAAUUGUUUAGGAGGUAUAUUGGAAGGUAAAUGAAAGUAUCUAUAAUUUCUGAUCAGUGCAAUAAUGAAUUAUGCUGGCAUUAUUGCGAGCAAUAUUUCCUUGAAGGCAUUUAAAAUUAUAUUUUUGUGUGGAUAAUAUCAUGAUUUAUGUAAUUUAAAAAUGUUAACUAUUUUAAUAAUUGUGUUUAAAAAAAUAAGCAUUGGAUUGACAGAUUGA